AUGGCAUAUCAUUAUGCUUGUUUCUUCAUUCCCUACCCGAAUAUAACGUUAGUUUCAUUUUCUAGCCGCAUUUUUACCGAUACACGAUAAAAACAAGAAAAUGUGUAACUGCGCGUCAACUAGCGUGUGUUGUCCGCAGAGUGUGUACUUCUCUCGGAAUUCAUUUUCGUUUUUUCGUUUUUUUUUCUUUGUUUCUGUUUUUCGCUUUUUCUGUGUUGUUUUUGAGCGUAGAACGUGUGAAACAGGUUGCGAUAUAAAUGUAAACUGCUAUUGAUAGUGCGUUACUUGAGAUUCAAGGAAUAAACUUUGAAAAACAUGAGAAAUUUUCGAUUUUAGGACUUCUCUACAUUGUCAACUUAUUGACAGUUAGCCCUCCGUAAACCAACCAAUUUUACUAUUUUGACUUCAAGAAGCUACGUUUCAUUAUCAUGCGAUUAAUUAUAAAGUGAAUUCUCUGGAUACAUGAGUUUCAAAGUUUUAGUCGGUGUGUCUGUGGCGAGAUUUCAUGUUUGAAAACACCCGUUUUUCGACGACUAAAUGUAAGAAUACAUUUCAAUAGAAAUUUUUGAUUAUCAGACUCAGAAAGUUUUCGGUAAAACCUAUUUCAUGUGUUGUUGCUAUUUCCGAUAAGUUCUUCAAGGAGAAUACAUUCAGAUUUCAAUAAUCAUUUUUUUGUGCGUUUGUGCAUUGUUUUUCAUUAUUUUUCCUAUUUAUUCAUAACAAGCGACGAUCCGUUUGAUAUAAAUAACUUUUUAAGUUGUCCAAGACUAUUGGAAUGUAAAAAACAUCAAAGAUAGUGAAAGCUUGAUUAAUUUUUGACUGAACUCGUUCCAUCUGGCUUUUUGGUCGAAAUUUGACAACAACUUCGAAAAUUUCGUUCAAAAAUAAUUUUUUGGCAAAAACGAGUUGGCGAAAUCUUGUCAAAAUUUGUCAUCUGAUAUGCCCAAAAUAUUAAAAACCAAACUCUACAUCUGAGCAGCACACAUGAUAAAAGUAUGAAAAACAUCGAAAAUAUCCACCUAUCUUAUUAAAGUAUAGUCCUAUAGUAAAACCUUAGUUCUGUUUACCUCUUAUCUUAUAUUUUCUCUCUUGAAAUCUUCGGAUGUAUCUCAAUAAAUUAUUUUUACAGACAGUCUAAACCCUUCAACGAUGCUCAUUGUACAGGUAAACAAAUAUACUGUGAAAACCUAGAAAAUUUGACUUUUCAGAAAAGCCGCCGGACGAUUCGACUCACUGGACAUUUCGACCAAAUAAAGGAGGAUUUUUGAAGGUCAGUUUUUUGAAAUAUAAUUUUUAUCCGAAACUCGAGAAAAAAUUUAUGACGAGGAAAAUGUGUGACCACUGAUAACUUGCCAGUCAUCGAAGAUUUUCAAUGAGACUUAUUUUCUACAGUUUUUCACGCAGAGAAAUAUCUUGUUUUUAGUUUUUGGUGCGUAACUCUCUGAAGAGCACAAAAAUAAGCCCAAAAUCGAGAAUUUUCUGAAAAACGCGUUUUCUAGGGUCCAUGACUCAUGUCAACGAAAAUUUUAUCAAAAACUAAGCAUAUGACAAUGUUCAGUACGGUCGAUUCACCAAAGUCAAAAUUAUUGACAGAAUUUUCCAAAAAUUUUCCAAAUGGAUCAGCCUAUUUUCUAACAAGGGAAGUGAUUUAGGCUCUGAAAUUAACUUUUGAUGAAACAUAAUGAAAUAUAGUAUUUCGACCAUGCUGAACACGAUCCCGAAGUCAAAUAUUGCUAUAACGAACUCUGAGCCAUUUUUGGAGCUCCAAACUUUUCAUUUUUUGCACACUCUCCGACCUUUUUUGGUGUUUGUCUGGCGGUUAAAUUACACCAAGCUCCAAAAGAUGGCUCAGAGUGCGUUAUAGCAAUUUUCGACUUCGGGAUCGUUUUCAGCAUGGUCGAAUUACUAUAUUUCACUAUGUUUCAUCAGAACUUAAUUUCAGAACCCUUUUACUUCCCUUGUAAGCUACAAAUUAAAAAAACAUAGAUUUACUUAUCGAAAAAUUGCGACUUGGAUAAGUCGACCCUCCUGAACAACGUUAUUAUUCAGUGUCGAUAAAAUAUUUUUGACAUGAGGCUCUCAAAACUGCGUUUUCUUAAAUUUAUCCAACUUUCUGCACUUUUUGUCACACCUCGGCCAAUCUGUGGCUGGCCGGAGUACACUUUUGAAAAAUUUUGAAUUUCAGUUUGCAGAGGUCAAAAAUUGACGAAUUCAGAGUUUUUAGAGGUCAAACACUGAAAAAUUCACAGUUUUCAUACUGUAAAAAGUUCACGUACAAUUUCUUGUUUUGAAAACCAUGAUUUUGGCUGAGGUGUGAUUUUUGUUGAGCAGCAAAAACUGAAAACUUGAUCUUUCUCAGCAUGAAAAUUUCAAAAUUUAUCAUUUUUCUCAAACUCAAUGAGAUAUUAUACAGAAUCAUCGAAAAUCGCGCACCGACACUCGCCGAUCAAUCAGAAGACCGACAAAAACACGGAAGAAUGUCAAGGAAAAGUAA